UUCAAGUUAAGGCCAAGUGAGAACUUAAAUUAAUUAGUCCUAUUCUCUUGACUUGUGUUCCUUGGUAGCUGUUUCUUAAAAGAGCUUAUCUUCGGCCUCUUCUCACUAAGUCAUCACCAAGUCAUCGCGAUUUUCGUGAAAACACACAAUCCAAUUUCCAUUGGAGUCACCCUGAAAGGGCGGCUGAAGCUUCGGAAGCAGACCCCUUCUUAGGAUGCAUAAAUGGCUUUGAACUAAGUGAACUGUACUGUGAACCAGUGCUCCUUUGAGUUCAUGGUAUUAGUUUUGCUUAAUAGCUUGAGCAGUUAAUACUGUUGAAUUAGUUGUUCUUAAAGACUUGACACUUGAGGGGGUCUGCUUUAGUUUUCCAAAUUUUCUUUGCUUAGUACAAAGCCUACUUUGGUUAGCAUUUUGGUGGUGGCUAUAAGAAAAUAUUUAUUUUUUAAGUUCUUUGCAAUUCUAGUGCAUAUUUCACCUCUUCAACUCCGUCAAUAUUUAUAAAGGAGAGGAAAUGGAUGAGAAGAACGAUGUUGAUAAGGUUGAUGAUGUGAUAUUGCCUGGUUUUCGGUUUCAUCCAACAGAUGAGGAGCUUGUUGGGUUUUACCUCAAGAGAAAGGUUCAGCAGCGAGCUCUCCCUAUUGAGCUAAUCAAGCAAGUUGAUAUUUACAAGUAUGAUCCAUGGGAUCUUCCAAAGCUGGCAGCUAGUGGGGAGAAAGAGUGGUAUUUCUACUGCCCAAGGGACAGGAAAUACAGGAACAGUGCACGGCCAAACCGAGUGACUGGAGCUGGGUUCUGGAAGGCCACUGGGACUGACCGGCCGAUAUACUCCUCUGAUAGCACCAAAUGCAUUGGUUUGAAGAAGUCCCUUGUCUUCUACAGGGGUAGAGCUGCCAAAGGGAUAAAAACUGAUUGGAUGAUGCACGAAUUUCGGUUACCUUCUCUCACAGAAUCAGCACCACCAAAGAAGCUCUUAGAUAAAAACAUUCCUGCAAAUGAUUCCUGGGCAAUUUGCAGGAUAUUUAAGAAAACAAACUCUAUGGCACAAAGAGCUUUUUCUCACUCUUGGGUCUCUCCACUACCAGAAACUUUGGUAUCUGAUAUGUUCACUCAAGGUACAAACUGCACUCAGUUCAGUUCAGAGAACAUCUCUUGCGCAACUGAAAUUGGGUCUGCCAUCCAGUUUUGCAGUACUAAUGACUUACAACAAGCCCCUACUAGCAGCUUCUCUGCUUUUGAUAUUCCUUCUUAUAAGCCCAUUAAUCCUACAGUCUAUAAGCCUUCCCUAUUUCCUGCUUCUAAUGGAGACCUUCAAAAUGGCUUCAUGUUCUCUCCACUUGUGACAGGACCCAUGAAGUGUGCAGUUGAUACCACUUCCAUGCUUUUGAACCCUGCCUUAAUUGGUGAUGUGAGUAAUGCCUCUAGGACUACAGACUUCGAAGGGCCACCACAGCAGUUUAGUGGCUUCUCAAUCAGUUUGCCACAGGAGAUGCAAGAAAACUUGGGCACAGGAGAGGAUGUGUCAGGCCUCAGGAAGAACCAAGGUGCAGCCCUCAAUAACCAGUGGGAAACCAUCCAAUCAAUUGGAUUUCCCUUCAAUUUGCCUUCAAAUGAUGCUUGGAGGCCUAAUCUUCCAUGGGAUUCACCUCCUUGUCCAAGUGAGAUGUCUACUAAUUACUCCACAAAUAAAUGCUAUACUUGAAAUGAAAAAUUGGGGAAGUAAGCCAUAUUCCAGCUCUGGGGGAUUAUGUUGGGCCAAAAACACGACAAAGUUUAGCUUCAAACCAGUUUAGAGUUAUUUCCUCCAACUCACUAUGUGGCAGUUUGUAAGACUAUCCAUGUGUGUUAAGUAAACCGGUUUGGAGUUAAACUUUGUCCAAAAAAAAUUAUUUUGUUUACUAUGUCAUUGUAUAGCUCCAUAUAUUCCAUUUAUACAAGUUAAGUCAGUUGUUUCCUUU